GCGCCGCAGCCGGGACGCCGCCCCCGGCCGGGGCUGCCCCGCUCGGCCGCGGCGCCGGCGCGAAGAUGGCUGCGAAGGGCGCACACGGCGCCCACCUGAAGGCGGAGGGCGAGCUGGAGCGCUGCCGCGCCGAGGGCCGCUGGGGCCGCCUGCCCGAGCUCGCCCAGCAGCUGCGCGCGCCCGGCGGAGGGCGCAGAGUCAACUCGGGCCCCGGGCCCGCCGUGCCGGACACGGAUGACUUUGGGAAAUUGUUGCUGGCCGAGGCCCUCCUGGAGCAGUGUUUGAAGGAGAACCAAGGCAAAAUAAAAGACUCCAUCCCUCUCCUGGAGAAGAAUGAGAGCAGGAUGAUUGAAGCCAAAAAUUAUCUGAGCAGUGUCCUUACCCAUGGGCGGCUGUCGCCACAGUACAUGUGUGAGGCCAUGCUGAUCCUGGGCAAGCUGCAUUACGUGGAGGGCUCCUACCGAGAUGCCAUCAGCAUGUACGCGCGGGCCGGGAUUGAUGAUCUGUCUGUGGAGAACAAGCCCCUGUAUAAGAUGCGGCUGCUGUCGGAGGCACUAGUCAUCAAAGGUCUCUCCCUGGAACGCCUUCCCAACUCCAUCGCCUCCCGCUGCCGCCUGACCGAGCGGGAAGAGGAGGUGGUCACCUGUUUCGAGAGGGCCUCCUUGGUGGCUCAAGUGUUCCUGCAGGAGCUGGAGAAGACUGCAAACAACAGCGCCUCGAGGCACCUGAAGAGCUCCCACCAGGCUGACUAUGAGCUCACCUACUUCCUAGAAGCUGCCCUGCAGAGUGCCUAUGUGAAAAACCUGAAGAAGGGGAAUAUCGUGAAGGCCAUGAGGGAACUCCGUGAAGUUCUACGGACUGUGGAGACCAAAGCAACCCAAAACUUUAAAGUGAUGGCUGCCAAGCACCUGGCAGGGGUCCUGCUGCACUCACUGAGUGAGGAAUGCUACUGGAGCCCUCUGUCCCACCCUCUGCCCGAGUUCAUGAGCAAGGAGGAGAACGCCUUCAUCACGCAGGCCCUGCGCAAGCCUCACCUCUAUGAAGGGGACAACCUCUACUGCCCGAAGGAUAACAUUGAGGAGGCCCUCCUGCUGCUGCUCAUCAGCGAGUCCAUGGCAACUCGGGAUGUGGUGCUGAGCCGGGCACCGGAGCAGGAGGAAGACCGGAAGCUGAGCCUGCGGAAUGCCGCGGCUAUCUAUGACCUCUUGAGCAUCACGCUGGGCAGAAGGGGCCAGUAUGUCAUGCUCUCUGAGUGUCUGGAGCGAGCCAUGAAGUUUGCGUUUGGAGAGUUUCACCUUUGGUACCAAGUGGCCCUCUCCAUGGUGGCCUGCGGGAAGUCUGCCUACGCUGUGUCACUGCUGCGGGAAUGCAUGAAGCUGCGACCCUCGGACCCCACCGUGCCCCUGAUGGCUGCCAAGGUCUGCAUUGGGUCCCUGCACUGGCUGGAGGAGGCGGAACACUUUGCCAUGAUGGUGAUCGACCUUGGAGAGGAGGCUGGGGAGUUCCUCCCCAAGGGCUACCUGGCCCUGGGUCUCACCUACAGCCUGCAGGCCACUGACGCCACCCUGAAGUCUAAGCAAGAUGAAUUGCACCGGAAGGCACUGCAGACACUAGAGAGAGCCCAGAAACUGGCACCUGACGACCCCCAGGUCAUCCUCUAUCUCUCUCUGCAGCUGGCCCUCGUCCGACAGAUCUCCAGUGCCAUGGAACAGCUGCAGGGGGCCCUGACAGUGUGCAAGGAUGAUGCCAAUGCCCUUCAUCUGCUGGCACUGCUCUUCUCUGCCCAGAAGCACUAUCAGCAUGCCCUGGACGUCAUCAACAUGGCCAUCACCGAGUACCCUGAGAACUUUAACCUCCUGUUCACCAAGGUGAAGCUGCAGCAGGUGCUGAAAGGCCCGGAGGAAGCUCUCGUGACCUGCAGGCAAAUGCUACAGCUGUGGCAGACUCUGUACAGCUUCUCUCAGCUCGGAGGCCUGGAGAAAGACAGCAGCGUGGGCGAGGGGCUCACCAUGAAGAAACAGAGUGGCAUGCAUCUCACCCUGCCUGACGCCCAUGAUGCUGACUCAGGCUCUCACCGGGCAUCAUCCAUUGCAGCCUCUCGGCUAGAGGAGGCCAUGUCAGAACUGACCAUGCCCACGUCAGUCCUGAAGCAGGGCCCCAUGCAGCUGUGGACAACGCUGGAACAGAUCUGGCUUCAGGCUGCCGAGCUGUUCAUGGAGCAGAGACACCUGAAAGAGGCGGGCUUCUGCAUCCAGGAGGCAGCCGGCCUCUUCCCCACCUCUCACUCCGUGCUCUACAUGCGGGGCCGGCUGGCGGAGGUGAAGGGCAGCCUGGAGGAAGCCAGGCAGCUGUACCAGGAGGCGCUCACAGUGAACCCAGAUGGUGCACGCAUCAUGCACAGCUUGGGUCUGAUGCUGAGCCAGCUGGGCCACAAGAGCCUGGCUCAGAAGGUGCUGCGGGAUGCCGUCGAGAGGCAGAGCACGUGCCACGAGGCCUGGCAGGGCCUGGGCGAGGUGCUGCAGGCCCAGGGCCAAACGGAGGCCGCCGCUGACUGCUUCCUCACGGCACUGGAGCUGGAGGCCAGCAGCCCUGUGUUGCCCUUCUCCAUCAUCCCCAGGGAGCUCUGAGCCCACUGCGGCAGCAGGUGGGGGGACAGUGGCAUCCGGAUGUGGGCCUCAGGGAGUGCAGAGGUAGUAAACGCUUCUGCAGGCUGCAGCCCGCCUUGUCCCCUUCCCUCCAGGCCCUCGAAGCCUGUGCCUGCUGCUCUAGAGCUGGGCAGACAAGGUUUGCCUCCAGAGCAGAUUCCUAGCUCCCUGCAGCUUAGGCACCGUUGUGUUUAUGAGCAGGGGUGAUGGAAGGCCACAUCAUCUGAAGGUGGGCUGUGAGUCUUGGGUAGCUGGCCCCAGGCCCUGCCCCCCACAUUCCUGGUACCUGGAUUUCCUAGCUUUGGACAGAUUCCAGUCCAGAGCCUCUGCCCUACAAAAGAUGAACCCCAUGAGCUACCCUCGGCCAAGUCAAGCGUUCCCCACAUUCCUUCUCAGGGCCUUGGAAGACAGACUAGCAUGGACCCUCCUUGACUUUGCCUUUGUGACUCCUGAAGGAGUUCGAAGCUGAGGUCCCCUCCCCCAACCCUUCCUUGGGCUCUAGGGCCCCCAUUCCCAAGUCUUACUUCCCAGAUAGCUCCUAGGCCUUGUGCAAGACAUACACAGCCUAAGAUUGCUGGCUCAGGGAAAACUGGCACCCCCAGGUUCCUCUCAGACUCCAUGAUAGCCAGUGAUGCCUAGCAUUGCCUUUUGUCUGGAGGCCAAUGGGACCCCAUGUGCUCUUUCAAUCAGCCACCAAGUGCCUUUAGGCCUCUGGUUGUCUAGCCAGGGACACAGAACAAGAGUCUUAACACUCUUCCUUGUCCACCCACCUGAUUCACCUGUAGAGGACCCAGCACCACUGGUCUCCAUUGGCCCUAGGCUGGUGGUCCCUAAACAGGCCUCAGGACACACCAGAAACAGCUCUAGAUGGAGCUGUUUCCAACGCCCAAAGUCAGUCCAUGCCUUUUCCUAAAGGCAGAUCCCCCUGGAGUAACACGGAGGGGCAGACCCGAGGACUGGCCCCCAAACCGAAGGGUUUUGUGAGACAUGUGCCCCGCUGAGGGGUCCCUGGAGCCGUGAUUGAAGACUACCAAGCGAGCUCCCAGUCCGUGCUUGAGCAGGCCUCGGGAUCCGCAACAUGCUGACACCCCCACCUGCUGCUCCACACUUGGAACUCUGCCCGGAGAAGUCAGUCCCCCAGGGCAUGGCAGGAAGUUCCCUCUGACGGGCGCUUGUUCCAGGGUACACAUCUCACUUUGAGGAGUGGGAGAAGGCUGGGGAGGGCCACCUCAUUUGUGACAGCUUCCUCAGAGGGAGAGGGAGCUGCCCUGGCUCAGCCUUGUGGGUUUGGAGGUUUCUAGAAGGCUGACUCCCACAUCAGGGGAUACUCUGUCCUUUGCCUCAUGGGCGAAGGUUCUCUGUGUAUGUGGAUAUAUAAAUACAGAUAUAUACAGAUAUAUAUAUUUGAUAGAGAUCUAUUUUUUUCUGAAAUUCUCUUAAGAAAAAGUAAAUAAGAAAUGCUAUUGUUACACCUUGGAGUGCCCAGAGCUGUUGGGAGUCAGUUCUUGGUAGUAAAAAAAAGGCACAAAACGUGAUCCAGCUUUUCCCAUUCCCUCUCUGGAGCCAGAGCGCUGGACCAAGUCACUGACUAUGAUCUUCAGACUGAAUAAAGAAACCCUGGAAGGUGAAACAGAA